AUGGCAAAUGUUCUUUUCUUCCUUGUUUCCAGACCCAGGUUUGUGAAUGCUAUUGAUGAUGCUUACUUCAACGAAGCGUCAGCUAUUGACCACAUUGACAUUGGCCUUCUAGGCUACUUCAGGCAACUGAAAGACGCUGGCAUCAAGAUUGCUUUUGAUACUGGCUAUCCGGAGAACAUCCAGCAAGGUCUCAUCAAGCGCCUGGGCUUUGACAAAGUUGCUGAUGCUUACAUCUCCUCCUAUCAGGUCACUGAGGGCCGACCGUAUCCGUACAUGAUCCACCACCUCAUGGAGCAAACCAAGGUCAUGAAUGUGAAACGUGUCUGCAAAGUGGGCGACUCCGUGCGGGACAUCCAGGAAGGCCGCAACGCGGGUUGUGGCUUGGUGGUGGGAGUGCUCAGCGGUGCCGACAGCUUCCAAGAGCUCAUGAAUGCAGGGGCCCACAUGGUGUGUGAGCGUGUGACCGAUAUUCCAGUGCCGCAACGCCAGCCAACCCUCAGUAACCAACGGUUGCCGGAUUUUAGCUGA